CAGAGUGGUGUGUUAGAACACGGAGCAAGUGGAACUGUUAAAGUGUGUCACACGGCAAAAUAGGAAGGGAGAACAUUUUUAAUGAAGUAUAAACACCUAGCUGGAGCUACAACCUAUUUCUAUCCAAAAAAGGAAUACUUUUAGAUUUAUGGGAGACCAGGAGAACAUUUGGAGCAGCCCAUAGAUCAUGGAGAAUGUGAGCACGCCUGCCUUGUUCAACCUAUCGGACCUACCGGUGGAGAUGAACUCGUCGUCUCACCAGUGGUCUUACUCGGAGUACAACGAGGCUGAGGCAGUGCUGCUGGGCAUCAUCAUGGUCCUGCUGGUAUUGGGCAUCGUCUUUGGCAAUGUGCUAGUCAUCACCGCCAUCGUGCGCUUCCAGCGGCUGCAGACGGUCACCAACAUGUUCAUCACUUCUCUGGCCUGUGCUGAUCUGGUCAUGGGCCUGCUGGUGGUGCCCUUCGGCGCCUGCUACAUCCUCCUCAACACCUGGCACUUUGGCAGCUUCCUGUGCGAGUUCUGGACGGCGGCAGACGUCUUGUGUGUGACGGCCAGCAUCGAGACGCUGUGUGUGAUCGCGCUGGACCGUUAUCUGGCCAUCACAUCGCCGCUGCGCUACCCGUCCCUGCUGACCAAGCGCAAGGCAUGCGUGGUGGUUGUAACGGUGUGGGGCGUGGCCGCCCUAAUCUCCUUCCUGCCAAUCCACAUGAAAUGGUGGGUGUCUGACGAGCCCGAGGCGCUCAGCUGCCUAGGGAAUUCCCAUUGCUGUGACUUCAACACCAACGCAGCCUACGCCGUUGCCUCCUCCGUCGUCUCCUUCUACAUCCCCCUGGCGGUCAUGGCCUUUGUCUACGGACGCGUCUUCCAGGAGGCCAGGAAGCAGCUGCAGAAGAUCCGCGGCAGCGAGGGACGGUUCCACGCCCAGAUUAUCAACAACAACAAGGGGCAGGAUGGAGGAGGAGGAGGGGGGAACGGGAAGAGGCCAAAGUUCUGUCUGAAGGAACACAAAGCCCUGAAGACGUUGGGGAUCAUCAUGGGAACCUUUACUCUCUGCUGGCUGCCAUUCUUCGUGCUCAACGUGGCGGUGACCAUCUGGAAGGUGGACAACAUUAAAAUGCCAUUCAGGAUAUUGAACUGGAUAGGAUACGCCAACUCGGCGUUCAACCCCCUCAUAUACUGCAGGAGCCCUGAGUUCAGGUACGCCUUCCAGGAGAUUCUGUGCCUAAGAGGGACUGCUUUCCCCACUAAUGAAUACAUAUACAAAGGACACAGCUUGCAGGUUAGCCCUAAGGAUAAGCCAGGCAGCUCUAUACACGAUAGUGGGACCAUGGAGCUGAGUACUGGCUCUCGGUCUAGUGUCACCAACACAAACAGGAAUUGCAAUAAAUCUUCACUUGCCUCCAUUGUCUGAAGCGCAGGGUGUUACCAGGAGGCUGGUCUAUCUCGUUUAGUCAGACCUGGUGAGCAGACAUGGGAUAGGAAAUGACAUGGGAAUCUAUUUCCAUACUUAAAUGUGUUACUAUAAGAAUAUUAUUCUAGUAAUGUGUAGGUUAUUAAAUGUUUGUUAUAUGUUUCAUCUUAAUAUUGAACAGUCUGCAAAAGACUUAGGAAGUAUAUUGUUUGUGGACGUGAUCAUGUGUACGUGUGGUUUGUAGACAUGUGUGCACAUGUCAUGUACUCUAGUGCUUGUGCCUGUGUGUAUUUCAACACCAGGGUUCAGGUACUAAGUUCAUGUCUCCAGUUUGGUUGCACAAAAAAAAAAAAAAAAUCUACCUCAUUGUUUUUGAUUCAUCUCCAUCUCAAAUAGCUUCAAGAACAAAUCAUUAUGGUCUGUUUGUAUGAACAUGAAUAAUGUUGUCUGUCAGUUGAACUGACUGUUCUUUGCUGGCAGUGGUCUGAAAAACGUGGAAAGGCCAGGGUAGGAAAGGUCCAGAGAAUUAACAGGCAGAACAAGAGAUGAAAUUAAGGUUCUACAGUAAUAUAUGUGCCCGCCCCCCCCCACUUGUGCCUGCAGCCAGCCCUCUGUCUGUAACACAUUCCAUAUUUAUCUGGGUCUCUCCCAGAGCCAUCCCAGGGGCUUCUGUCUGUCUGUGGGAUUCUGAACGCUCCCUCGGCCACGGCCCACCAAUCCAACUCUCUGACGAGUCACGGCAGGUGCAUAUCGUCACAGGCAGGCUGCACCGCACCAAAAAACAUUUCAACAGUUGAGCAAACGCUCACGCUGCUCUGUCCCACUCCCUCCAGCCACCCUUCAACACCUCAACCUUCACCUUCCCUACAACACCAUUUAAUAAGUGUGGUUACAUACGCAUGUCCUGCCGCCCCUCAAGACGGUGUGGAAGGACACACAGACAGACAAGCCUCAAUAACCCUUGCAAGCACGCUAUAGGUCAGAGCAGCAGUACCUUAAUGCUGGGUAGUGUGACCACCACUGUAUGUCAUUCUGACACCAAUACCCAGCCAGUAAAUUUAGUCUGUAAAGUUAUAUUUAGUGAUUGCUUUUACACUCUACCUUGCUGCUUCUCUGUGUUAUUAGUUGUUAAUGGCGACCGUGGGAACGGUUGUUGUUGUGCUGCUCUCCGCUGUUGCUCUAGUGUUUUCAAGUUUUAUUUUUGGGCUGUUUAUUUAUUUAUUUUUUUGCUGUUGUGAAGCUACAGUGUUUACAGAGAUUCCUGGACAAGCUGUCUGAUUUGGGAGACAAACAAAAUGUUGUAAUAGAUAUAUGCAAUGUACUAAGUAGCGAAAAUAUAAGGAAAUAAACCACUACAGUAAGGGAGAAUGGGGGAAGUUGAGCCGCCCUUCGUUUCUAGGAAACCAUACACAACAUUAAUCAUGUGAGCAGAUAUUUAGGAAGAGGUCAUUAUUUCAUGGAGUCUGUGGAGGAAGAAACCACAGAGAAAAAGCAAGUUCAUUCCAAAAAACGGAUUUUCACAAAGUCAAAAAUAUAUUGUCUUAAAGGUUUCAUGAUGCUUGUAUCUAAACCAAGGUUUUAAGACUUUUAUACAUCUGUUGGGGUCUCUAUACGUUUCAAUAUGAGGUCCUUAACCUGCAUAAAAGUGCAUCCUUGCAGCUGUGGGGGCUAAUAAAGACUAAAUGUUUGCCUUGGGGUAAAUUGAGCCAAUGGCCACUAUACCCCAUCCAAAUGCAAUCAUCAUUUGAUCAGUUUUAUGCGUAGUAUUUCUGCAGUGUGUCAUACAUAUGAACUCAAUAUUGUUACAGAGCAGACAUCAUGUCUGUGUAUACAAACAUAAAACAGGCGCUUGAGAGCAGCCAAGGAAGUGAGUGAGAGAAGGGAUGAAGUCAAUUUGAACAGAAGCAAGGGAUGAACAAAUAGACUGAAUGACACUGAAGAGGUACAUUAAUAAAAAAUACUAUUAACAUGUACCUGUGUGAAAGAGAGGCUAUGAUAGAGUAGCAGAGGCACACCAGGUCUUAUAUGAUGACAUGGAGUCUCAGCUUGAUUAAGAGAGGCUAUGAUAGACUAGCAGAGGCACACCAGGUCUUAUAUGAUGACAUGGAGUCUCAGCUUGAUAAAGAGGCUAUGAUAGAGUAGCAGAGGCACACCAGGUCUUAUAUGAUGACAUGGAGCCUCAGCUUGAUUAAGAGAGGCUAUGAUAGAGUAGCAGAGGCACACCAGGUCUUAUAUGAUGACAUGGAGUCUCAGCUUGAUAAAGAGGCUAUGAUAGAGUAGCAGAGGCACACCAGGUCUCAUAUGAUGACAUGGAGUCUCAGCUUGAUUAAGAGAGGCUAUGAUAGAGUAGCAGAGGCACACCAGGUAUUAUAUGAUGACAUGGAGUCUCAGCUUGAUUAAGAGAGGCUAUGAUAGACUAGCAGAGGCACACCAGGUCUUAUAUGAUGACAUGGAGUCUCAGCUUGAUGAACAUAUCAAGAAUCUCACAGAUCAGUUUCAUGGGCUUAGUAGCCUUUAAUAUAGAGAACUGCCUACCAAACAACCUCCCUUUCCCAGAUAACUGGUAGAGAAAUGGAAGGGUAAGUGAUAUUGAAAAGAGAUCUAUAUCUGAAUGUACACCCCCAUUCCAUGAAUUCAACUUUGACCUACCAGCACUAUCACCCACUGUCACAGGACACCAACACCCACUGUCACAGGACACCAUCACCCACUGUCACAGGACACCAACACCCACUUACCCCAAGGCGGCUUAACUUACUCUGUCCCUAUUCUCAAUUUACAACUGACCCCAUAGCCAGGAAUCCACUUUUUUUGGUCAAGCUAUGUUUUCAAAACUCUAUGUCGAUAUAUUUUUUAGAAAGAAUACUACAUUUCUCUUGAGGUAGUGAUGCUGAAAAAAAUGGCUCAACUUACCCCACUCUCCCCUAUAGCUUUUGCAGAAUCUGCACAUAUUCUUGUCUAAGAAUGAUCAAAUGUAAGGUUGGAACUUUUACUUGCAGAUGUUCUACGUAGGUAGGUAGGUGCUCUCAGUGAUGAUGAACGCUGUAGGUGUCCUCAAUUUCUUGCAGAUUUUGUACAGGUGUUACUGAAAAGAAACCUCGAUAUCACAAGUGAUUCCGCCUGUAAUGAACUCGGCUAAUGGUGUAGCACACUUGUACUUCAACAUAGACUCUAUCGCACCCUCACGUCAGCCAGCGAAGUGAAAAAAGUUACUCUAAAAUGAUCUCAUCAUGCACUGACUGUAAAUAUUUAGAAUGCUUCAAAUGAUUUCUUAGUGUAUAGGUCUAUACUAAACCCUGUUACUUUACAACUACUUAGAUAGCUACUGGUGUGUGUGUGUGUGUGUGUAGGUGUCUGUCUGCUUGUGCUAACUGUUUGAAUAUUUAUUUAACCUUUUAUUUUGACAGGGAGUCAUGCUGAGACCAAGGUCUCUUGUACAGAUGAGUCCUGUACACACAUCAAUAUUCACAUCAAUAUUCACAUCAAUACACGAAGAGCAGAACACAAUCAUAGAAAACAAACAUUCUUCAGUACAAAGGUCCUUAACCAGCCUUUUGAAUUGCUUUAGAGGCACCAAUUCAUCACAUUUAUUUUAGAUCGAAGGGAUCCCCAGAGAUCCAUGAGACCGAGUCUGGUAUCUUGUACGUCUGUAAGUUAACAAUGAAGAAAGGUACGCCGGAAGUUUAUGCAAGAGAGCUUUAUAAACAAAAAGAGUGCAAUGCAUCGAUCUACAAGACUUCAGAGAGGGACAGUCUACUUUCUGUUACAGAAUGCAGUGAUGUGUACUGAACCUAUUGCCCAUAAUAAAGCCUAGUGUGUCCAAUGGCUUCAAUACAGUGGCAGCUGCAUUUAUAUGGACAAUAUCUUCAUAGUCUAUAACCGGUAUGAAUGUUGAUUGAAUGAUUUUGUUUUCUCCUAUCAAAUUCAUGACCUAUUCCAUUUUAAUUCUUCAUUUCUUAACUAACUCGUCAACAUGCUUUUUGAAAGAUUAGCCUUUUCGUCAGUCCAGAUGCCCAGAUAUUUACAAGCGGGGACACGGUCAAUGAGGGCACCAACCAAUGUACAUAUACAGUAUAUUCAUGAAUCAUCAUAUACAUUAUUACGUGAUUUGGAGAAUACCAUAUACUUGGUUUUACCUGCAUUAAGUAUGUAAGUACAUACUUAAGUAAGAGUUUGCUCAGACAGUGGUGUUUGAGGUUUGAUUUCAUAGGAAAACAUGAGGUACUGUAUGUGUUAACUCACCCUCUUUGUUAUGGACACAAGGACACUUUUGAUGUAUGUACUGUAAAUGUGAAUAAUGUAUUUUCCUUGCGUUGCAAAAUGUUACGAUGAAUAUAUUGUGUCAACUUCAGACACGUAGCUACAAAAGUACGAGACAUAGUCUUAGAUAUUUACAUAUCGAAAUUAUUUCAUUCCACUGAAAACUUGUAAUUUGCCAAAUGAAAAAGUUAACAAAGGCAGAAUAUUUUGCAGCUGGAAUUUUUAUUAGAAGUAAUAUUUGCUAGAAAUAUUAGCAGUCUGUUAAAAUGUGCUUUUGUUAAAUGUUUCUUUCCAUGUCUGACAUGUUAGAUCUGAGAUUAAACCCAUGUGUGUCCGUUAA